AUGUCGCGCCACUCGCUUCGCACAUUCCCACCUUCCCUCUCUCCUUCAUCUUCUCCACGCGCAAUGGGGCUCGCAACAUACCUCUUACUUCUGCUCACGCACCCGAAUGAGUUCCGCACUCUCGUGCAGUACAAGAUAUACUACGAGCCGUCGCGCGACCUCCCUGGGGACCCAACGAGUGGGUGGGAGCGGGAGAGCAUGCGCACAUGUUGGAAACACCUCGACCUUACGAGCAGGAGCUUCGCCGCAGUUAUCAAAGAGCUGGAGGGUGAUUUGGCCCGAACGAUAUGUCUGUUCUACCUUGUACUGCGUGGCCUGGACACCAUUGAAGAUGACAUGACGCUUGACCCCCAGCGCAAACAGACUUUACUGCGCUCAUUCCAUGUCCAUAGCGCCACGCCUGGCUGGAACUUCAUCGACUCUGGGCCCAACGAGAAAGACCGGCUACUCCUUGUCGAGUAUGCUGAUGUCGUAACCGAACUCCUCCUCCUCCCUCCCGAUGCCCGUGCUGCCAUCCUGACCAUUGCCGACAAGAUGGGCGCUGGUAUGGCAGACUUUGCGCUGCGGCCACUAGGCGCGACAGUGGACACGCAAGAAGAAUACGACCUAUACUGCCAUUAUGUCGCCGGGCUUGUUGGAGAAGGGUUGUCUCUGCUGUUUGCCGCGUCGGGCAAAGAAGCCCCUAGCAUUGCGCGCGAAUUGGUGCUCAGCAACUCGCUAGGCCUUUUCCUUCAGAAGACGAAUAUCACUCGAGACUUGAGGGAGGACGCUGACGAGCGAAGAUAUUUCUAUCCCCGCGCGUUUUGGGGCCCGUAUGGCUUCACUACUCCAUCCGACAUGUGUCCUGCGUCGAAUCGAGAAGAGGAUGUGCCAGAGCAAGCAAUGUGGGUUCAGAGCGCGAUGGUUGUCGAUGCCCUUAGGCAUGCGACGGACGCCUUGGAGUAUUUACGGUUGCUGAAGAACCAGAGCGUCUUCAACUUUUGUGCCAUACCUGCGACGAUGGCCAUGGCAACCCUCGAGCUUUGUUUCAUGAACCGCGGUGUUUUUGUCAGGAACGUCAAGAUACGCAAGGCUGCGGCUGCUGACCUGAUAAUGCGCUCUACCAACCCCCGCGAUGUCUCCCUUAUAUUCCGCGACUACGCCCGCAAAAUCCACGCCCGCGCCCUGCCACACGACCCGAGCUAUAUGCGGCUUAGCGUGGCCUGCGGCAAGCUGGAGCAAUGGCACGAACAUGCAUACCCAUCGUUUGUGCUCAUUGGCGGGCCCAACGGUGGAAUGCAAGUGAAGCAGAGCGACCCCCGCGGCGCGGUCUUCGUCGCCUCCGAGAAGGCCGACCAGGAGAUGACACGCAGGAGGCAGUUUGAGAAGAUACGAGAGAAGAUGGGCGAGCGCGCCAAGGGCCUUGCACCGAGUAAGGAGUCGGAGAACGAGGUGCUGUGGUACUCAGCGAUGAUCAUGCUCGCAUUCCUAUUGAGUGCGGGGGGCAUUGUCUUUGCGGUCAUGUAUUACGGACGGGAUUAG